AACGGCAACGGUGGCGGUAGCGACAGCGACGUUGGGUUGCGCAACCAUUCCCGUCGCCUCGUCAUAAGAACUCCGCCGGUUUCCCGUUGCACAGCUCAGCCGUUAUUCUGACCUGUCUUCCACGGGAAGCUUUUCAUGGCGACCAAAACCCAAAACCUCAACGACGAAGACAUUGAGGACGAAUGUCUCUGUUCUGAGACCACCACGACUUGCUCUAUUCUUUUGGACCUAGAAGAGACACAGUACUUGGCUCUGAAUCGUCCGAAUGGUUACCUGACGGGAGAAUCACGAAUAGAGAGAGCGUGGUCCCAUUGGAAGAAGAUAGGUGAGCCCAAACGUAUAGUGGCACCAAUGGUUGACAACUCGGAGCUGCCUUUCCGCCUUCUUUGUCGAAAUUAUGGUGCUGAUGCUGCUUAUACUCCUAUGCUUCACUCCCGUCUCUUCACCGAAGAUGAAAAAUAUCGCUCUAUGGAAUUUACCACCUGCAAGGAGGACCGUCCACUUUUCGUUCAAUUCUGUGCAAACAAUCCAGACAUUUUGCUGGAAGCAGCUCGAAAAGUCGAGCCUUAUUGUGACUAUGUGGACAUCAACUUUGGGUGUCCCCAGCGAAUUGCAAAACGUGGGAAUUAUGGAGCUUUCCUCAUGGAUAAUCUCUUCCUUGUCAAGUCUCUUGUAGAAAAGUUGGCUAACAAUCUUAGUGUUCCAGUAUCAUGCAAGAUCCGAAUUUUCCCCAAUUUGCAAGAUACACUCAGUUAUGCAAAGAUGUUGGAGGAUGCAGGUUGUUCUCUUCUAGCAGUGCAUGGACGAACAAGGGAUGAAAAAGAUGGGAAGAAAUUCAGAGCCAAUUGGGAGGCAAUCAAGGCUGUCAGAAAUGCUGUUAGAAUUCCUGUCCUGGCCAAUGGUAAUAUUAGGCACACUGAUGAUAUACACAGCUGCUUGGAGAAAACUGGUGCCGAUGGGGUACUUUCAGCCGAGCCCCUUCUUGAGAAUCCAGCCCUCUUUGCUGGAUAUCAAACUGCUGAAUGGGGGCUGGGCAGUGCAGGACUCAAGGAAGAUGGUAAGCUAGAUCAGGCUGAGUUACUGAUAGAAUAUUUGCAAUUUUGUGAGAGAUAUCCAGUGCCAUGGAGAAUUAUUCGUUCCCAUGUGCACAAGCUGUUGGGAGAGUGGUUUAAGAUCCAGCCAAGUGUGAGAGAGGAUCUUAACAAACAGUACAAACUCACCUUUGAAUUUCUAUAUGAUAUAGUAAAUCGAUUAAGGGAACUUGGGGUGAGAAUACCGCUUUAUGUGAAGGAUACUCAGGAGGCAAUAUCUGCAAUUUGACUUGUAGUUCAAGUUCUGUUCUAAUCUGAAAAUGGAGUCUGUUAUGGUAAACCAAAGGCCUUUGCUGGUUAUUCUUUUUACUCCAGCUUGUGCUUGCAAAAUGAAAUAUUGUGCACUCACUAACGUUGGUCAGUGUAGAUGCAGGUUUAAAUUUAUCUUUGCCUUUUACCUCAUCUUUGUAUGAUUAUAGACAGACGUUUAACUUGUAUCAUUGAGAUAACUUGCACCCAUGGAUUAGUGCAUCUCAAAUUGUAUUCGGACUGCCAGUGAUGUAUUUAUAUUUGCAUGUAUUAUCCGAAAUUCGGACUGAUUAUUUGGGAAGUUAUGCAAUAGAUUUACUCAGACUGAUUA